GUUUUCUUAAUGGCUUUUUUUUAUUUUUCUUAUAUGUGAUGAACUGUCAAACUCAAAUCCGUCCGUGAUGUUGUUAUAUGGUGGGUUUUUGCUUUUUAUUCACUCUUCUCACGAGAAGGCAACUGUUUGUCUCUGUAAAAAAAUUAUUUCCGCAGUCCGUCCCAACCCAACUACUAGUCUACUAAGUGAGGAGGGGGAUUCAAAUUUGAAACCGAAAGAAGAAUAUCAUUACAUUACGAGUUAAUUAGCGGCCGAAGAUAAUAGUUAAUUUGGCUUAAGUAAAUACUAUUCCGGUGAUUGAGAGAACGGAAGAUGAAAUGCUUGAAUUAAUAGGUAAUGCAUCUUUUAUAACAAGUUGGUUUUCUUGGUGCAUUUUGAUUUUGAAACCCCAAUACAGAAGAACAUUGGCAACUAAACUCAAACUAGCCAUUUAUUGGGCCUAUGACAGUGUAAAUUAUCGAUGGACCCGAUCCAUUUGUCUACGGGCCUGAUUGAAGCAUUGCAUUGCAUGUUCCCAUUUUGAUCCAAAUUGCCAAUGUCGUAAAGUGUUCGCGCCCUAGGCCUUCUAAAGCCUCUGCUGCUGAGCAUUGCCAUUCAGGGACCGCCCAAGACGUCGGGAAAAUACGAUGAGUCUGAAAGAGAAAAACAAUUUCAUGACAAUCAGUCAGCAGAAAUGUAGAAAUUGAUUCAGAGAUUUGCAGGCAAAGCUUUUAUUGUGCAAAACUGAAACAUAAUUGGGAGUGAAUGAUAUUGUCUUAUUGAGAAAGAGUGCUGCCAAUACAAUGGGCAGCAAAACUUUGUUUAAAUGGUCGAAGCAAAUCACGACUUCCCAAGUUGAGCAGCUGAUAAAAGCUGAAAAGGACAUACAGAAAGCUAUUCUCAUUUUUGAUUCCGCAACAGCCGAGUACACCAAUGGCUUCCGGCAUGAUCACACCACCUUUGGUCUCAUGGUCGCUAGAUUAGUCUCCGCGAACCAGUUCAGGUCAGCUGAGGCGUUACUUGAUAAGAUGAAGGAGGAGAAAUGUGGUGUUACAGAAGAUAUAUUCCUCUCUGUUUGCAGAGGAUAUGGCCGCGUUCACAGGCCACUGGAUGCUGUCAGGGUCUUCCACAAAAUGGAGGACUUCCAGUGCAAACCAACCCAGAAAUCUUACAUUACCAUACUUGGCAUUCUUGUUGAAGAAAACCAGUUAAAGAUUGCUUUCAGGUUCUACAAGUAUAUGAGAGAAACGGGCAUUCCAGCUAGCGUUGUGUCGCUUAAUAUUUUGAUCAAAGCCCUUUGUAAGAACAGUAGUUCCAUGGAUGCAGCUAUUCGAAUAUUUCGUGAGAUGCCCAAUCAUGGGUGCACCCCAGAUUCCUAUACAUAUGGUACUUUGAUCAAUGGAUUGUGUAAGUUAGGAAAGAUUGGUGAAGCAAAAGAGCUCUUCAAUGAAAUGGAAACAAAAGGUUGUUUGCCCUCUGUUGUUACGUAUACUUCAUUGAUACACGGCUUUUGCCAAUCCAAAAAUUUGGAUGAAGCUGUGGGAUUGUUUGAACACAUGAAAACCAAAGGUAUUACUCCAAAUGUCUUUACUUACAGCUCUUUGAUGGAUGGACUUUGCAAGGGUGGGCGUUCUUCACAAGCAAUGGAACUAUUAGACUUAAUGGUUCGUAAGCGCCAUAGGCCAAACAAUAUCACUUAUAGUACUUUGCUUCAUGGACUCUGUGAAGAAGGAAAGCUUCAAGAAGCUUUGGAGAUUCUAGACAGGAUGAAGCUUCAAGGCUUGAAACCAGAUGCAGGGCUGUAUGGGAAAGUAAUUAGUGGCUUUUGCAACAUUAGCAAGUUCCAGGAAGCUGCAAACUUUCUUGAUGAGAUGGUCCUUGGAGGAGUUUCACCUAACAGACUAACUUGGAGCCUUCAUGUAAGGAUUCAUAAUGCAGUGGUCCAGGGCUUGUGUAGCAGCGGCAAUCCAAAUCGAGCUUGUCAGCUGUAUCUUAGCAUGCGUUCCAGGGGUAUCUCCAUAGAUAUGAAGACAUUUGAUACUCUAGUGAAGUGUAUCUGUAAAAAAGGGGACCUGCACAAAGCUUAUCGAAUUGUUGAUGAGAUGGUGCUUGAAGGAUGUGUUCCGGAUGAGGGAAUAUGGAGUUCCAUGGUGGAUGGGUUUUGGAAUCGCAGGAAGGUGCGUGAACCUGCUGAGUUGUUGCAGGCUGAGCUGAUGAGCGAAAUGGUUGAGCCUGAAACAUAAAUCUGAAAGUUUUGAGCUAACAGGGGGAAGCCAAUUCCGUGGCGCUUGGUUGGAAACACAACAAACAACAUACUGCAAAUGACACCAAUGCCAACUGGCAAUGCUGUGAGAAUCUCCUGAGCCUUAUCCGACGGGGUUGGAUAGAAGCAAUCCACUACAUUCUGAUCAAA